GUCUUUUCGAUUUCCUCUGGUGUAUUAUUUUUUGUAUUAAGAUCAUUGACGAUUCUAAUGACACAUGCAGAAAGUUCAUCAGAAAUUUUUUAUUUGAGAUUUGACCACAUGGUAGCGAUCCCCAUGAUUAACACUGGACCAAUGAACAAAAAAACAGCGGUUAAGGUCAAAAAAAGCAUAACUCCUGAAGAGUUGAGCAAUGACAAACUGGACAUGAUUAGGCGUAUCACAGCCUGGAUCUCGUCUAAUAAUAACAAAUAUCUCUCCCCUGAAUUGUAA